GCCUCAGCCGCCCGCUCCAUCCAUCCCACCUCUCCACAAUGUCCGCUGCGGCAGUCCUUUCUCGCAGCUCCGCCCUGCGCGCUUCCGCCGGCCUGAGGACCGUUUCCCGGGCCCAGCUGUUUGCCCAACGCUCCACUCCGGCGCUUUCAGCUCUCGCCCGCUACUAUGCCUCCAAGUCUUUCCCCCCGCACACCGUCGUCAGCAUGCCGGCCCUGUCGCCUACCAUGACGGCCGGCAACAUCGGCACCUGGCAAAAGAAGCCCGGCGACUCUAUCGCCCCUGGUGACGUUCUCGUAGAGAUCGAGACCGACAAGGCCCAGAUGGACUUCGAGUUCCAGGAGGAGGGCGUCGUCGCCAAGAUCCUGAAGGAGUCUGGUGAGAAGGAUGUCGCCGUUGGCGCCCCCAUUGCCGUUAUGGUUGAGGAGGGUGGCGAUGUCUCUGCUUUCGAGUCCUUCUCCAUUGAGGAUGCCGGUGGUGACAAGUCUUCCCCCAAGGAGGCGCCCAAGCAGGAGGCCGCUGAGGCUUCUGAGCCCGCUGAUUCUAGCUCCAAGACCUCGCCUCCCGCUGGCAAGGAGUCGCAGCCCGCUCCCCAGGAGUCCGAGUCCACUGGCGCGCGCCUCCAGACCGUCCUUGACCGCGAGCCCAUCAUCGCUCCUGCGGCCAAGAAGAUUGCGCUUGAGAAGGGUGUUCCCAUUGCUUCUCUCAAGGGUACCGGCCCCGGCGGCCGCAUCACCGUCCAGGACGUGGAGAAGUACAAGCCUGCUGCCGGUCCCGCUGGCGCUCCCGCGGGCACUCCCACUUACGAGGACAUCCCCGCCAGCAGCAUGCGCAAGACCAUUGCCAACCGCCUGAAGGAGUCGAUGCAGGAGAACCCCCACUACUUCGUCGCCUCGACCGUCUCCGUCAGCAAGCUCGGCAAGCUGCGCGCGGCCCUCAACGCCUCCUCCAACGGCGCGUACAAGCUGUCGGUCAACGACUUCCUCAUCAAGGCCUGCGCCAUCGCGUGCCGCAAGGUCCCUGCGGUCAACUCCUCCUGGCGCGAGGUUGACGGCCAGACCGUCAUCCGCCAGCACAACGUCGUUGACGUCUCGGUCGCUGUUGCGACGCCCGUCGGCCUGAUGACGCCCAUUGUCAAGAACGUCAAUGGCCUGGGCCUGCAGAGCAUCUCGUCGCAGAUCAAGGAGCUUGGCAAGCGCGCGCGCGACGGCAAGCUUAAGCCCGAGGAGUACCAGGGCGGCACCUUCACCAUCUCGAACAUGGGCAUGAACGACGCCAUUGACCGCUUCACUGCCGUCAUCAACCCCCCUCAGGCGGCCAUCCUGGCCGUCGGCACGACCAAGAAGGUCGCUAUCCCCGUGGAGGGCGCGGACGGCGAGACGGGCAUCGAGUGGGACGACCAGAUUGUCCUGACGGGCUCGUUUGACCACAAGGUCGUUGACGGCGCUGUUGGUGGCGAGUUCAUGCGCGAGCUGAAGAAGGUCAUUGAGAACCCGCUUGAGCUGCUGCUGUAAAUUGGCGGAUAGGAGGCGCGGGAGCGCGAGGGCACCACCAUUGUUAUUCUGAUGGUGGGUGCGGUGCACAGAGGAGAAAAGGGGAGCGCGGCGUCUGUGUUGAGAAAGGCGCAUGUCGCCGCGCCGAAAAUUGGUUGGAUGGGGAGGUCUGCUGGAAGAAGAGUGAUAUCACUGUAAAUCUAAGCCCGGUGCCAAGGGUGUUCGAGUCGUUUGUUCGUCUCUCUCCAAUUCACUACUACGUCGUUUUUUCUAUGCUUGGUUGUGCUUGCUUGCUUGAUUGUUUGUUUGGUGGGCAUUUGUGGUGGGACUCAGCGAUGCAUGCAUGCAUAUGAUAUGA